GCCUAGCUCCGCCCGCCCAUCUCUCAGUCUCCUCUGACACAGGAGGGUAGGAACCUUCAGAUCGGCGGAACGAGAAGUCAUUCGGUGUGUACACAUUGACCAUGGCAGCCGGAGCGGCUUUAUCCGGGGUGAAGGCUUUUGGUAGACAGCUGGUAUCUGCAAAGCGCAGUUGGUCUAUUAUCACAUGGAGAGCAGCAAGCACAACAUUUAAGGCUUCAGAUCUGCAGAUCGAGUUGAACAAGCACCCCAAAGAGAAGCCUGAUAUUUCGAGCUUAGUAUUUGGGAAGACUUUCACUGAUCACAUGCUUACAAUAGAAUGGACCAAUGAGAAGGGUUGGGCCAAGCCACAUAUUAAACCAUUUCAGAACCUUUCCCUGCACCCUGCCACUUCUGCUCUACACUACUCUGUGGAGCUAUUUGAGGGUAUGAAAGCCUACAAAGGGGAAGACAAUCAAGUGCGCCUUUUCCGACCAAUGAUGAACAUGGAAAGAAUGCAUCAGACAGGACUGAGAGCUUGUCUGCCGUCUUUUGACAAGGCUGAGCUCCUAGAGUGCAUGAGAAGAUUCAUUGACAUUGACCGAGAUUGGGUCCCCAGGUCUAACUCUGCCAGCCUGUAUAUUCGGCCAACUUUUAUUGGCACAGAGCCAUCUCUGGGUGUCACAAAGUCCAAUCAUGCAUUAUUAUAUGUCAUUGUUGGGCCAGUGGGACCGUACUUUCCCAGUGGAGGAUUUAAUCCAAUCUCACUGUUGGCUGACCCAAAAUAUGUGCGUGCCUGGAUGGGGGGUGUAGGAAACUAUAAACUAGGCGGAAACUAUGGUCCUACCAUCUAUGUACAACAUGAAGCAGCCCAGUUAGGAUGUCAGCAAGUGUUGUGGUUGUAUGGAGAUAACCAUGAAGUGACUGAAGCUGGAACAAUGAACUUCUUCAUGUUCUGGAUUAAUGAACAAGGAGAGAAAGAGCUCAUCUCCCCUCCAUUAAGUGGUUUAAUUCUCCCUGGGGUAACAAGACAGAGUUUGCUGGAUCUGGCACGGCAGUGGGGAGAAUUCAAAGUGUCAGAAAGAACAAUUACCAUGGGUGAUCUGGUUAAAGGGCUUCAGGAAAACAGGAUAAAAGAGGUCUUUGGAGCAGGAACAGCCUGUGUUGUAUGCCCAGUAAGCCGGAUACUCUACAACGAAAAGAGUUACCACAUACCUACCAUGGAAAACGGACCUGAAAUAGCAAAACGUUUCUUAAUGGAGCUCACAGACAUUCAGUAUGGCCGAACUCUCAGUGAAUGGGCAUAUAUUGUGUGAAUGUACUCGGGUCAGGAUUUCCAUUCCAAAGAAUCACAAUCAACACUCUAUUGGAUUUUAUUUAUAAGCGUUUUUACUUUAGAAGAAGCGCGUUCUUAGGACUCGCCAUACAAACGUGAAACAAGAGUGUCUACCUCCAACACUGCGACAGAUUCUUUCAGUAAUUUUUUAUAAUUCUCA